ACUUUUCGCCUUGAGUUUUUGACAUUCGCAGGUGGCGCCGCCAGUCGUUUUUUUUGUGUUUGUCGUGCGUGAAAAAAACUUCUAUCAUGCAUUCUUAUCAAAAUGGCAAUAUUUAGAGUGCUUUUCACCAGAUACCUUAGUGUCGCGUCUCGUGGAAGGUUUUACAGCUCAAUGUCUGAACUACGUGGUCUUGUGUUGGGUGCUUAUGCCUCUGAGAAUGAGAAAAUCAACAAAUUGACGCCCUUUGCUCAGAAGUACAAUGAACAAUUGACGUCCGGGAAGCUCUUGGAACAGAUUAACGUUGGUGGGCCUCUGAAGGUCGGUCAAACCCGCAUCCUUUGGAAUUCUAGUGCCCAAUAUCCCGUUGUAGCUGUAGCUGGAUUGGGUGAUGCUACAUCCUGGGAUGUUCUCGAUGGCCUAGAUGGAGUGAAGGAAAAUGUGAGGAUUGCAGCGGGAGCCGGUGUUAAAGCUCUGGCUGCUGAAAAGGUGGCUCAGAUUGAAUUGGAGGACUUCAAUAAGCAAGCCGAGGCUGCUGCUGAAGGGGCUACUUUGGCUUCCUAUCGUUUCCAGGAGUACAAGAAACCAGAAGCAAGAAAAACCGUUCCUCGGGUGAGUCUGGCUCAAGAUUGUCCAGGAACUGAAGAUUUCCGUCGUGGUGAGACAUUAGCAAGGGCUCAGAAUUGGAGUCGUUUGCUGAUGGAGACUCCAGCAAAUUUAAUGACUCCUACGAUUUUUGCCGAAGAAGCAAAGAAAAAAUUGACUCCAUUGGGCGUGGAAGUGGUGGCACAUGAUCAAGAGUGGGCUCGUAGCUUGGGCAUGGAAUCUUUCCUGUCUGUAGCUAAGGGAAGCGAUGAACCUCCGGUGUUUCUGGAGAUGACUUACAAGGGGGCUGCACAGGACCAAAAACCACUGUGCCUGGUUGGAAAGGGCAUAACUUUUGAUGCUGGUGGCAUCAGUAUCAAAGGCUCCAGCAAGAUGGAUGAGAUGCGAGCAGAUAUGGGAGGUGGAAGUGUAGUUGUGGGAACUCUGGCCGCAUUGGCUGAACUCAAAGCCAAAGUCAAUGUCAAGGCUUUUGUGCCACUCUGCGAGAAUCUUCCCAGUGGAAGGGCAAAUAAGCCAGGAGAUGUUGUUCGUGCCAUGAAUGGAAAGUCCAUUUGCAUUGAUAAUACCGAUGCUGAAGGACGUCUCAUUCUAGCAGACGCUCUUUGCUAUGCUGAACGCUUUGGACCACGCUACAUUGUGGACUUGGCCACUCUCACGGGUGCCAUUCGCGUGGCCCUAGGAUUAUGUGUCACUGGCGCUUUUAGCACCAGCGAUGAACUCUUUAAUCACCUUUCCAGCGCAGGAUCUAAGACAGGUGACCGCGUCUGGAGAAUGCCCAUUUUCAAGCAUUACAACACCAAUAUGACGGACUUUUCGGGCUAUGACCUCAACAACCUGGGAAAAGGGUCUGGCGCCGGAUCAUGUACAGCAGCAGCCUUUCUUCGGGAAUUUGUACCGAAGAAUGUGCCCUGGAUGCAUUUGGACAUCGCUGGUGUUAUGAAUGGCUGCGAUGACCAGCCGUAUCUGGUGGAAAAGGGUAUGACGGGACGUCCACUGAGAACCUUGGUGGAGUUCAUCUAUCGCGAAGCUGGCCUGUAAAAACACAGCCACUUCUCGAGCAUAGGAAGAUGGAAGAAACUACCUCAAUACCAACAAUUGGAUUUUCACGUGCCAUUCUCCAAAGAUUCCUUCCAGUGAGUGCCCCAUCUUCCUAGUAACACAGGUAAAUUUCCUCAUUUUCUAUUUUUUUUUCUUUCCUUUGGAGCAGACAGAUUUUUUUUGGUUUUUUUUCCUAUUGUUGAUUAUUUCUGCAUUUAUAACUUCAAUUCUUAUACAGUGGAAAAUGGUUUAUUUGUUUGAUUUUUUUUUGAGAUGAAAAUAAAAGUUUUUUUUUCUUGAAA